GUCCCGCCAGCUGUUGGUGUUACGUUUGUUUGAAAUCAAACGGCAACCGUGGCGGCCGUUGGUUGCCGAGUACGCCCGAUUUCCCGCAAUCCCUGUCAUGCCCAGCCGGCAUUAGAAUCGUCAUCGGGGCAUCAACGUUUCGUCGCGGCACGCGGAGGAACCCGGGACGGACCCACGCGCGCCCUCGCCGUUCUUUGUCAACGGAGCAAUUCAAAUUUCCUCAAACCGGGUGUUCGUCCCGGCGGCAGUGGAGUCUCGCAGUCCCAGCCCAGGUUGCGCACGACGACCUUGUCUCUCGAUUCUUUCUGCCCAUUGUGAGGGGUAUCGUCGCGAGCCAAGGCGACAAUGGCCACGAUCAGGAUACACCAGGAUGAUCAAGAGAACCGCGUCGCUGGCGAUCCUCGCGGUCGCGGCAAGGAGAACCUCGCUGCCGCCGUGAGCACGCAGACACAAGUGCUGCAACAGACGAAACGCGCCGUCCUCGGUGUCCUGCACAACAAUUGCCCUCGGAACAGCGUAAAGCCUCCGGAGAUCUACAAGGAUGAGAAGUGUAUCAAAGCGAAACCAUUUGUACCAACACAACCCGAAUCUUUUAAAAUUUAUGAGGAGGACUUUUAUAAGAAGGAAGAACCGACCUUCAAGAUUUAUGAGGAUAAAUUGGAGGAAGAGACAUCUGUUGCACUUAGAAACUCGAAGGAUCAGGAGGUGAAAGUUGUGCAAGAAACAACGGCAAAGUCCGAUAGAGAACAGCCGAGAUUAGAAAUAUGUACUGCAGACAGCACUUCUACCUAUGUGUUUCAUAGUAAGAUUGAAGAAGUUUGUCAAACCAAGCGGGAUGAUGCUUUGUCGAAAGACAGCCCCAUGUCUGUGGGAAUGUCAAUGGAGAAAUCUCUAAUAUAUAGUAGUUCUUCCAACGAGGAAUAUAGAACCAGAAGAGAAUGUAAUAAGGAAUUGAGAACCAAUUUCUUUGACAUAGAUGAAUACAGGGCUGAUAUAUACAAUUAUUUACGUGUAUCAGAGUCACUACAUAGACCAAAGCCUGGUUACAUGAAGAAACAACCUGAUAUUACGUAUUCAAUGAGAUCUAUAUUGAUAGAUUGGUUGGUAGAGGUAGCCGAGGAAUAUCGAUUGCAAGACGAGACCCUAUACUUGUCCAUCUCGUAUAUUGAUCGCUUUUUAUCGUACAUGAGCGUUGUAAGAUCAAAAUUACAACUCGUCGGGACUGCUGCUAUGUUUAUUGCGGCGAAAUACGAAGAGAUUUAUCCGCCCGAUGUAGGAGAAUUUGUAUAUAUCACAGAUGAUACAUAUUCUAAGACACAAGUGAUAAAAAUGGAAAAUUUGAUAUUGAGGGUUUUAUCGUUCGAUUUAACUGUACCGACGCAUUUCACAUUUCUCAUGGAAUACUGUAUCAGCAAUAAUUUGUCGGACAAAAUUAGAUUUUUAGCAAUGUAUUUGUGCGAGUUAUCGAUGCUCGAGGGAGAUCCAUACUUACAAUAUUUGCCCAGUCACUUGGCUGCGUCUGCGAUAGCACUGGCGCGACAUACAUUACAGGAAGAGAUUUGGCCACAUGAGUUGGAAUUAUCAACUGGAUACGAUUUGAAGACUCUUAAGGAAUGUAUCGCAUACUUAAGCAGAACCUUCUCUAAUGCUCCCAACGUCCAGCAAACGGCAAUACAGGAGAAGUACAAAAGCAGCAAGUACGGUCAUGUAUCUAUGUUGUUGCCUCGUAAUACCGAGGCGGUAUCAUGCGAGGAUGAAGACGAAGAGGAAAGCGCCUAGUAAAGAUUAUUGUCAGACAGACACAGGAUUAAAAUAACUUUUUUCUGUGUUUAAAUUGGUAAUUGAAUAACGAACCUCCCAUAACAGUCCUACAUACACUGAAAAUGAAGGAGGGGAUCAGGAUAAGACUGCUAUUCCAAAAUGGAAGGAAAAGUGUAGGAUUUCUUUCUGAUAACUUGUUGCAGUGUCCGGUCAGUACAUUUUGCGCGAGCAAAAUGGUACCUGGUUCUCCUACCUUCAUUAUUUUGCGUCGUAGUCACUCUUAAGUCAUGGCCUAACGAAAAUUUUAAUAACUAUUUUAGAGUUUUUCAUUAAUAUGAAACUCUAAAGAAAGAGGGAGAGAAAAAGAUAAUACAUUAUCUAGAAAUUGUAUUUUUAUAAGUACUUUUUUAGAGAAUUGUUAAAACAACAAACGCUUUUAUCGCGAUGCGUGCAAACGGCUAAAAAUUCGAUUGCAAGUAAACCGCCCAAAUAAUAAGAAUCGUAAGCAAACGAUUUUGUAUUUAUUAUUAUCGUUUUACCAUUAGGUGCAUUCACACACAUUCACAUACGCCAAUUAACGAUAAAAACGACAUAUUUGAGAUGAUAUUUCCGCGAAAUUAAUUUGCAAUUAAUUAUUUCGAUCAAUUUUUCAGUCCUUGUACAGUUAUUUAUUUACAACAAUUCUAGGUACCAUAAUUAAUCAAAUGCGUAGUUUGUUUUAUUAGAAGUAAGAUCUUUUAUAUAUAUAUUAUCCCCUGUAUUUCUUUAUACAAGAAUAUUAGAUUAUACUCUGUGCAAAAUUACAUUGUCAAUUCUCUGCUGUGGCACGAAUCGAUUUUGAGUUUCUAUAAAAUGCAUGCUAUAUAUUUUUUACAUCCAAUCGUUCAUAAUGCAUAAAUGUAAUCGCAUAUUUGCAGUAAUUAAUAAUACAUUUGAUACGUGUUUUUAAGACUAUAAUUGACCGUGCAAUAUUGCACAGCCUAAUUUUCGCAUUUCAGCAUAACGUAAAAUACCUAGGUGUUCAUCAACUCUAAAUUAAAUGCAUGAAAGUAUGUUCAUAUAAAAAAUUUACAAAUAUAAAAAAAAUGUUAUGGAAUCACAUUCCAUUACAUAAUUACAUAUUCCGCUCUAUGUUAAUUGUAAUUAUUAUUGUCUACUUUACAGUUCAAUUAACGUCAGCCAUGACAUGGUAUGAGCACUAGACUUUUACCUGAAGAUUACUGUUGAUGAACUGAAAAAUAUAAAUGGCUCUUCUCUGUGAUGAGCCUAGAUGCAGAAUAAAAUUUAUUGUAACUUCCUCCCACAUAUAUACACACACAUUGAAAAUUAUAAAUAACGUGAAGAUGUUAUUAAACAUCGGAAGAUGUUUCGUAGCGAUAAAACUGAAUUCCGAAAAACAUUCCUUUUGGAAAAAUACAUGGUUUAAAAUAGAAGUUUUAUCAAAAUUUUUCUCUAGUGAUAUUCGAAAGUUAAAGCCGUGAUAUACGCGAAUAUUUUUUAUAUUGUAUUUUCAUAUAUACCUGACGUGGCGAGUUCUGUAACCACGCAUUAAAAUAUAAUUAUUCGGUGCCGCCGUUAGACGUAAUACAAAAUCGUUGUAUCAAAUAUUUCCAUAUAGCGAAUUUAUAAACGAAAGCAUGCUUGAUAUGACACAAUUGUAAAUAAUACCAAAACUUCAUUCUUUUUACGGGGGUCUUACAAAGACAUUUUAUAAAGGAAUAAAGAGGAAGAAUAAAACA